ACUUAUUGCUGGUUUAAAGAACUCGCUCAUUUUGCCCUAGCUCCGUCGUUUUUAUUUUGUUGCUUGCUGCCGGUGACGAACCACCGACAAAAACUGUCAGAAUAACCACCGGUUCAUUAAUUUCUUCCGGUUCUUGCUAAUCUCUGACAUACAAAAUGCCAAGGACAAGAUCAGCUGUAGCUGCAGCUUCAGUUCCUGAUACACAUGAGGAGUUCAGUGAACAAGAAAAGGCCGUUGAACAUGAGGAGAAGGUAGAUUUGGAUGGGGAGAAUGAUCAUGAAGAAACUAUAGAGGAAGAGGUUGAGUAUGAAGAAGUGGAAGAAGAAGUGGAGGAAGAGGUGGAAGAAGAGGAGGAGGUAGAAGAGGAAGUGGAAGAAGAAGAGGAGGAGGAGGAGGAAGAAGAUGAAGCAGAUGGUUCUGAAAAAGGGGGUGAUAUUGAUGUUGAUAUGAAAGAUGGGGAUGACAAGAAAAAGCAUGCCGAGCUGCUUGCACUUCCCCCUCAUGGUUCAGAAGUUUUUGUUGGUGGUAUACCCAAUGAUGCUACUGAGGAGGAAUUGAGGGAAUUUUGUGAAACUAUAGGCGAAGUUGUGGAGGUGAGGAUAAUGAAGAAAAAAGAUUUAAGUGGAAACAAGGGCUAUGCUUUUGUUAUGUAUAGGACAAAGGAUUUGGCGGCUAAAGCAAUGGAUAAACUGAGUGCAGCUGAAUUCAAGGGUAAGAAAGUUAAGUGCUCCUCAUCGCAAGCCAGACAUAAGCUCUUUGUUGGUAACCUUCCUAGAACGUGGGGAGAACAAGAAUUGAGGAAUGCAGUUUCAGAUGUUGGGCCUGGAGUGACUAAAAUUGAACUUAUAAAGGACCCACAAAAUUCCAGUCGCAACCGUGGAUUUGCUUUUAUUGAGUACUACAAUCAUGCAUGUGCUGAGUAUUCAAGAGAAAAGAUGUCAAAUCCAGAUUUUAGGCUCGGUGACAAUUCUCCAACAAUCAACUGGGCUGACUCUAAGAAUGCAGAUUCUACUGCAGCAUCCCAGGUCAAGGCUGUUUAUGUCAAGAAUCUGCCAAAAAAUGUCACACAAAAUACGCUCAAGGAGCUUUUUAGCCACCAUGGGAAAAUAACAAAAGUUGUUUUGCCGCCUGCAAAAGAAGGGCAGGAGAACAGCAGAUUUGGCUUUGUGCACUUUUCCGAAAGGACAAGUGCUAUGAAGGCUCUACAAAAAACUGAGAGAUAUGAACUUGAAGGUCAAGUUCUGGAUUGCUCUUUGGCAAAGCCGCAAGCUGACCAGAAGUCAUCAUCAGCGGCCACUUCUCAAACAUCUGUUUUGCUUCCUGGUUUUGGACCUGGUGUUGGAUAUGGUAUGAUUGGUGGCCCAUAUGGAGCUGUUGGUGCAGGAUAUGGUGCUCCAGGCCUAGCACAACCACUACUUUACGGUGGCAGAGGUUCAGGUUCAGGUUCUGCUGGUAUGGCUAUGAUGCCAAUGCUUUUACCUGAUGGAAGGAUUGGAUACGUAUUGCAACAACCUGGAAUGCAUGCACAGACCCCACCUUCUCAGCAGCAUAGAGGUGGUAGAGGAGGGGGUGGAGGUAGGAGUGGCUCCAAUACCUGGAAACGUGGUAAUGAUGGUGGUCGUGGACGAAACCGUUACAAUCCAUAUUGAGGAAUGUGCUGCGACGUCUGUCAUUUAAUCUGUGGAUGUUGUGACGUAAAUUUUAUGCUGUUACAAUGGCAAUGCUUUAAGUCAUACUUUCUAUUUACUUGAAGUCUGUACUUGACGAAUGCCACAAAUUCUGUAGAAAUUGGAAAAUGUAGAACAUAUAAGGACAGUGAAUGUAUUUGAUUAAUUUUGCUAUGAUGUUUAGUUGUAGACUGGCUGAGUUCACAGUUGGUCGAUGGAA